GCGUGCAAUACCGUCGGACGCCGCCGACGUCCGCGUCGAACGCAAACGAGGAAACUCGGUCCGUCCAAUAGGUUAUUUUUUUAUUAUUAUUAUAAUACCUAUACCAUAUAUUACACCGGUGACGUGCCGAUGUAGACGAUCUUCUCGUCCGCCGGUUGCCGCUUCGCGUCGUGUUCGUGUCCGUAUAGGUAUUUGAAUCUUCGUCGGCGUGGGAUGUGUCGGGAAUUUAAGAAUUAAAAGUGGCCCUCGAUGGGAAACAAAACUGAUGGGACUUCGAAGUUCAUCGCUGGCCAAGAAAAACGACGAUACACUGACAUGGGUGUUGCACAGAAGGGACUUUUGUCAACAAGAGCCCGGUCAGAAACCUCGUGAAACGAAAUCGUACGGCGGUUCAACAUCGUCCGAGUACCGCGGAAGAAGGCACAAUAACCAUGUUCAGAGAAAAAGGAGAAACCACGUGCAUUCAAACAUAUUGGACUACGGCAAGCCCGAGCAGACGUACGGCUACGGAAUAUCUGAUUUGGACGAUUUCCUUUCAAAAUCGUCGAUCGGCCGGCCGGGCAACAUACCGAUGGUGCUGUGCACGGGCUGUCUGCUGUACCAGACGCAGCUCGACGACCACUACCAGACGGAGGUGGCGCUGCCGCUCGGCAUGGUGGUGAACGCGGUUUUCAAGAACGAGCAGUGGCUGUACGUGCAGACGCCGCACGCCGAAGAGGGCUACAUACCGUACGGCAGCUGCUUGCCCCUUGGAAUCGUGCCGCCGCCGGACGCGGCCAGGGCGCCGUGCUGGGAGACCCAGUCGGACGUGUUCCCGCGGCCGGUAGGCGACCGGCGCCGUCGCGGCCGCGGUCACCGGGGCGGCAGCGUCGUCGCCGGCAGAGGCGGCGGCGAUUACGAUAACGACGACGGUGACGGCGACGACGACGACGACGACGACGACGAAGACUACGACAACGACAACGACUAUCGAGACGACCGAGACGUGGCCACGUUGCUGUUCCGGCGUCGCCACUGUGGACGGCACCCGUCGUCGCCGUCGCCGCCGCCGCCGACGAUCCGGCGAACCUCUGCCGCCACUAGGUCCGUCACCGGCUACGGGUACUUGUGACGACGCCGUCGUCACGCUGUGCAAUAUUCAUUGGUAUAAUCGCGUGUACAGUCUGCGCGCCGUUCAAUAAAUAUAUUGUAAUAUUGUAUUAUUAUACUGUCCGCCGUCGAAAUCGCAGUGGCGUCGAGAUCAAGGGGCGUGCCGGGCUGCAGCGUUUCGGCGCCGCGGAGGUUUUAAGUGCUGCAGGUGAUACGGUCGUAAUACGUCCGUUCUACAAUCUCCGGGUGGUAACACUAUAAUAGUUAUACAGAAUUUGUUGUAUAGGUACAUCGUUACGAUUAUGACUUUGGUUAUUGGCGGCAGUUGUAGACCUCUUACACGACCAUAAUAUUAUAAUAUAUUAUAAUUAUAAUAAUAAUAAGACGAUCAUUGUCCGUUGAAAUAUAUUUUAUUACGUUAUUUAUAUGUAAUUUAUGUAUAACUAUAAAUUGUAAUGUUUAAAACCGAAUUUUGUAUACUCCUGUACCGCCUAUACACCUUAUAUUUGUACGUUGGUCUUGUCGGCCGAUUAAAAGGUAAAAACGCAUUAUCUCUGUUAUUGGUACGGUGGUCAUCCACAAUAUUUUAAAUUUUUCAAAAGACCAAUUCGUUCUAAUAUUAAAUAUAUAUUAGUCAUAUCGACACAA